CCGCGACCCUUGAGGUGUUUAUGGCCACGGUGAAGAAACGUCAGAGAUAUUGGCCGUGUUUCUUAAUUUUUCCGUUUUCGAAGUCCAGUUUGUGUUGCUCUGUGCCCAGUCUAGGUUUUCCUUGUGAACAGUUUAGUUCCCCCGUUAGUCCCAGAUAUUUAUUUACCAUUUUGUGGGUUAAUUAGUUGUGUUUUAUAUUUGUUUGGGAAGAAUGAGAAGUUUGGAGUAGGAGGAGCGUCGUCUGCAGCCUUGGGGACCUUACUGUAGGAGCAGUGAAGACUAAGUGUUGUGAUGGCAGAAAGUGGAAUUAAGAAGGAGGGGGAGAUAGAAGACUUGGAAGAUGCUAUGGGAGCUCUGUUGACAUCAGAGAACUACAUCAUUGUUGAUAUUGGAGCUAACUUGACCAACAAGAAGUUCACAAGGGAUCUAGACUCUGUCGUCUCAAGAGCUCGAGAUGCAGGAGUUCAUAAGAUCAUGGUUACGGGCAUCACAGUACAGAGCAGCAAAGACGCACUUCGCCUAACUCGUCUCUUCCCUGAAACACUCUACUCGACAGCAGGAAUCCAUCCUCAUGAAGCCAAGUCAUGGGAUGAUGAAACAGAAGAGGCAUUAAGAGAAUUGGCAGCCAAUCAUGAAGUAGUGGCCAUAGGCGAGUGCGGACUGGACUUCAAUCGAAACUUCUCUCCUCAGGAUGUUCAGCUUGAGGUCUUUGAAAAGCAGGUCUCUCUAGCAUGUGAACUGAGGAAACCUUUAUUUGUACACGAACGAGAUGCCCACAAGGAAGUGUUGGAGAUUUUGAAAAAGUACAAGGGUCGUCUGCCAUCAGUUGUGAUCCAUUGUUUCACUGGGGACACUGCCCAGGCGUCAGCCUAUCUGAAGGAAGGGUGCUAUAUUGGACUUACAGGCUAUGUAUGGAAAGACAAAUCUGAGGAUGGGGUACGACGAAUCUUGGAAGAUGGCGUGGUUCCCCUUGACAGACUUUUAGUGGAAACCGACUCUCCUUUCAUGUAUCCUAACACUCGCGCCUCCAAACUUCCUCCUUAUGUUAAAGAGGCACUCACGGAAAGAUCUUUGACGUUUCUUCACCGAUAUUGCACCUUCCAACGUAACGAACCGUGUUCCCUUCCGGUAACUAUUGAAAUGAUUGCAGCCUAUAUGAAGAAGAAGUCGGAACAGGUAGCUCUUCAAACCACAUUCAAUGCUCUCAAGGUUUUUGGUUUAAGCACUUGAAUAAUUAGAGAGUAAAUUUAUACCAAUGCAUUUGCAAUAUAAUUUGCAAUAAUUAUGAGUAUCUACUGUAUUUGUUAAUGUUAUAGUAUUUGGUUUCAUUGUAAUUUUUUUUUUAAUUCUUUAUUCAUACAACCAUCAGAAAUUGUCAAGGCCCUAUAGUUUAUCACGUGAUCUUAAAUAAUAUUUAAGAGAUGUGUUGUAUAUGUAUAAAAGAAAAUACCCUUAAUUAUAGUUUGAAGGGUACCUACUUUUAUGCAGGACAUUAUUGCAUUUUCAAGCUAGCUCCAUUUAUAGAGCAUUUCUUGCAGUUGACUUCCACUUGUGCAUAAUUGCUGGGUGCUGUUUCUGGCCAAAGAACAUUGUCUUAUCAUACACCUUUGUACAUAAUCUUGACUUAUUCAUAUGAAAACAAUCCAUCUUAUGUACAAUCCUAUAUGACAGGGAAAUUUCCAUCAAUAUUGUAGACUUGAACAGGUCAGUGUUCAGUAUGGAAGUAGUGGAAGUGCAGCAAUGCUCUUUACAAAAUUGUGAUGUUUUAAGCUCUUCCAGUGGCAAGUCGGGCACUCGUUACUAGUAACCACUCUGACUUGUGUUCUUGCCUUUUCAUGUAAAGGGUAAUUACAAGUAGAUUCUCAUUUGAUUAAAUGGUGUGAGAUCUUAAUUUUUUUUCAUGGUACUUAAUAGAACAUGAAUACACUUUUUAGAGAGUAAUGUAAGUGGUGUAUCAUGUUCUGUUAGCAGGUUUUGAUCAGCUGAGAUAAUGCACCGUUUAAACUGAUGCAGCUGCUGUGUACAUCUGUGAGCAUUUUGUUUUAAUCUUUUAAGGUACAGGAUUAAUUUAUUUGAAUUUGUUUAUAAUAUUAUUGUGAUAAACAAUGGUGCUUUUAUAAUGAUACUGUCAAUAUCAUAGUCAUGGUAUUUGUAAUAAUAAUUGUGGCUAUGCCCCCCAAAAAUUCACAGUAUAGUACUUAUUGCUGUACUGAAUUUUCAUGAUGUGCUGUAAAUAUAUCGGUAAAUCUGAAUCGACUUUGUAGCCAUGAACGAGUAAUAAAAUAAAUGCAUUUCUCGACUUUAUUUGCUAGCACUUUGGGUUGACAGUAGUUUUUAAUAACCCUUUAGUUUCUUCAUGAAAACCAAAUUCUAGUCCCAGUUUACCUAAUUAUUUUCUGCUUUAUCUUAUAUUUUGGGCAUCAUGGAUUUAUUCAUCUUGGAUGUUUAUUACCUUCAUUGCCUCUGAGGGGGGAGUUAAACAAAUACUCAAGUUAUUUAAUUCAGUAACGUGAGAACUGACAUUGACUAAAAAGCUUUCUACUCACCUUAGGCUUGGAAAUUCCUUACUUGGAAUAUGCCAUUUUGUGGUAAGAAACUAAAUUAGACCUAAAUUGAAUUUAAAUAAUUAGCAUAAAAAUCAAGUCUUCAUUAUCCAAAUGAUCUAGCAUUUUAAGACAAGGUCAUAUAUAGUUUGUUAAAUUGGUUUUACCUUGUGAAUAUAAUUGACAGCCCAUGUAGCGUUAACCUAGCACCAGUUGAAGUGUCAAGUUCCGGAGGCAGCGUAACAUAACCUCAGUUAGGUUCACGGACACUAAUUUUGGAGCUAAUAUAAAUAUAAUUGGCAUGACAAGAAGUAGGGCUAACAAAUGCCAAUUCAAUGUAAUGAAUAUAAAAAUUCAUUAAAAAUCUUAAAAUAAUUAUAAUUAGAUUUAUUGUGUAAUUAUAUAUAUAUACAGGUAUAUAAAAAAUAACAGCUGUAUACUGUUGACUAAUGAAGUCUAGUUAACAUCAUAUGAUUUUGACUUACCAGUCAAUUAAAUUAUGUAUUACUUAAUAUUAAACAUGUGUCCACAUGAUCUAAACCAGUUAAGUUGAGAAUUGGGUUGUUGUAAGACUCUUGAGUACAGCAUAGUAAGAUUGUUGCUACUCUUGUGUAGUCUCAUUGACAUUUUAUUCCCCCCCCCCCCCUCGUAUUACUGCUGUAAACUUGUAAACUGUCCCGCUUAUUUAACUUCAUCUUCUGUAUUAUAUACAUGCUUUAUUUUGUAAAAACCUAAAAUUGUCAUUGUGUUUUGGAAGGGUUGUCAAGACUAACUGCCAAGUAAUAAAUUUUUUGUUAGUAAAGAUAAUAUUGUGGGAUGUGCCAUACUGCAUAGGCCACCAUGUUUUUAAUUCUCUAAAUGUUGUCAAGACUACACAAGAUUGUUUGAGGACAGAUAUGGGAUAUGCCCAGGUUUUAAUAAUCUUAUUUAAACCCUGAAGUGUUCAUUAUGUGAAUUGAUGCCUUAAAUACCUCUGAACUAGUCUCACAUUAUGGUCUCUCUUGAUACAUGUUCAUUACUUGAAGUAUAGCUGUUAAACUGUUCUUGCAAAAUACUCCUUUCUUGCCAUUUAAUCAAGUAUUUUUUUUUUUUUUUGGUAAAUACUCAGCUGUCUGAUUAAUUCCUGACUGUAUUUCUUUGGCAGUUAAACCUAAUGGUGAAAGUGUACAGUAUUGGGCAACUUUUAUUUUUUAGUAGUAAAUUCCUGUUUCAAAUGUGCCCCGGUUGACAAGUGGUUUUUCUUUUGAUAUUGGAUUUUUAUUCCGUGUUGGAUUAUGAUGAGGAAGGGAAGGACAUCACAGUACAUAACAUGUAAACUACAGUAUAUUUUCCCAUACACACUCCUUCCAAUCCACCUCCCAAUUCAUAUCUGUAUACACUUUCAACUUGAUUAAUUUGUUAAGAUACAGUACUGCAAUAGCGAAUGGGUGCUGUGCAGGAUGGUGUUAAACGGGGUGUGUGUGUGUAUAAAGGAAACCUGAAAAUGCUGAAGAGUUUGUGCCGACAUAAUUUGUGUACAAAAAGUCUGGAGAGACUGCAUUGUUAACACUCCAAUGAUGUGCAUGUGCAUCAUAUCAACAUCCAGAUAUUGGUUCCAGUACUGAACAUAAACUACAGCCAAACAACAAAUAUAUUUUAUAGUACUAUAUCAACCAAUCUACCAAAAC